CAACAACGAUAACAGCACGUCUCUCUUUAAUUCCCGCUUUUCAGAGAGAGAGAGAGGGGGAGAAGCCUCGGCUUCGGUCUCUAAUAGAUAUCGUAAAACAGAGUGAGAUCCUAAGAACAGAUAAAGCACAAAUGGAUGCGGUAUUGAACAAGGUUGGCUCUUAUUGGCUCGGUCAGAAAGCUAGCAGGGAGUUCAAUUCUGUCGGCGACGACAUCAACUCAUUGUCAACGAGCAUUGAAGGUGGAACCAAAUGGUUGGUAAAUAAACUCAAAGGAAAAAUGCAAAAGCCGUUACCAGAUUUGCUUAAGGAGUAUGACUUGCCAAUAGGAAUCUUCCCUCGUGAUGCCACCAACUAUGAGUUCAAUGAAGAGACGAGAAAGCUUACUGUCUUUAUUCCCUCAAUCUGUGAAGUCGGCUACAAGGACUCAUCUGUUGUGCGUUUUUCGACCACCGUAACUGGGUAUUUGGAGAAAGGAAAAAUAGCUGAUAUAGAGGGGAUGAAGACUAAAGUGAUGAUUUGGGUUAAAGUGACCUGCAUUGCAUCUACUGGAUCAAAGCUCAACUUCACAGCUGGGAUGAAGAAAACCAGAGAUAGAGGGGCUUAUGAGGUUCUUCGAGAUGGAGUGGGCGUAGAUAAGUUCUGAAUUGGUCAUAAUACUCCUCAGGUAUUAUACUUUUAUGAGCUGUUACUCCUUUGUCAUUGCUGCUAGACCCCCCUUGCCUUCAUCUACUGUAAUUACAAUGACUGGUUGAAUUAAAUUUCAUGUGCUUCCUUUGGU